CUCGCCCAAGGGUCAGUGUCCUGUUUGUGGGAAGUCUGUGAGUCACACCGCAGCGCAAAUCUGAGAUUUUCUGCUGGUCAGACGACAUUGCCACAAUAUCCCCGGUGAGUCAGUUAUGCAGGGUGCAUGCCUGAGGUGUUCGUAUUCGGGAGAUACCGGGAUCCGGUGGAGCGGACCGGGGUUGCCAGAGUCACCGGAACAACCUUAAAGCGGGCACAUGACGUGACCCUCGGCUCAGCUAUUUCCGGCCUAGUGUCAUCUGAUAAGAUCUCCGCCUCCUCACUGUGUCUUAGCUAUAUAGAGUCUUGUUCAUCAAUCCACUCGAUAACUACUCUUAUCUUCUGAAUACUUGACAGAAAUGAAAUCCUCUCUGUUGCUGCUCUGCAGCCAAAUUUCGGCUGCCUUUGCUACUCCCUUAGUGCUCCCUGACAAUGCGCUCGUGGAACAGGCGUUUUUGAGUGAUGAUGCUCAGGGAACGUCUGCUCCUGCGACCAACCCCCACCAGGAUGCCAUUUACAUCGACCAGAGCUCCUCUGGCAGUGAGGUUGAGCCAAUGACCCGCCCGUCCUGGUUUACUUCUGUCCUCAUGGCCCGUCGUCUCCUGGCCCUCUCAACCAGCGGUGUCGCCUCAACGGUCUUCCCCAGCUCCUUACCUCCCGGUCACACCCCACCCUCCGUCGCAGGCCACUCGAUCGGUCUACGCGAAUACUUUGCCGACUGCAAUGAAGCUCUGCCAUCCUCCUACAAAUAUGCCAACAACGGAGACGGCAACCCGACUCUCCUCGCUCUCAAGGUCGCAACAACCUUCCGCAACACCGCUGCUGGAUCGAACAUCUCCCUCUCCCUCGACUGGUGGGACCACAUCAACGACACCGAACCGAUCUACCCCGAUUUCCCGCUGAGUCCCGCCGGACUCCCCCGCGUCACGCUAUUCGGAUACAUCGAGCCAUUCCCCGAGCCGAUCCCCGAGGAUGUUGAAAGUGCAUUGGAGAAGUGCUACUUGCGCGCGCAUCCCGAUGCGGAGGUGUGGUUGCCGCAUAAACGGGGCUCGCCGCACGCGAGUUUCUGGGCGAGAUUGGUGGUUACGGAUGUCUACUGGAUUGGGGGGUUUGGGGAUGUGCAGCAGAUUGGGUGGAUGGAUGUGAAUGAGUGGGCGGGUGUGAGGAGGAAGGGAAGUGAGGAGGGUGCUGGAGAUGGUAGGGGUUGGGAGGAUGUGAGAUUGCCGGGGGAGAGGCAGUAAUUUGUACAUGAAAGGUACAAAGUACGAGGACUUAUGAGACAUGAAUGCAUUAUCUUAUCGCUGUGGUCUAACUUCUCGUGACUCUCAGUGGUUGUUGUUUA